GUCGAUGUCGGUGUCGUCGUGGUCGGCGUGGCGUGCCCGUAGUUUUUGCUGUUGCUGUUUCUCUUUAGUCUUGGUGUAGCGCUUGAGCUGCGCGAGUCGGAGACCUUCAAAGCAGUAGAAAACUAUACUGAAACUAAAAUUGUAUAAUCAUGAGCAGCAGCAUGGAUCUGGCUUACAAUGCGUCAUCAUCAUCGUCAGUCUCACCGCCUCCGCCGCCGUCGUCGCAUGUCUCCUUCAGCUUCACCAACACCGCCAAGCUGCCAAUUGAGACAGUGAAGCGUCUCAUUGCCGCCGUUUCACGUCGCCCGAUUCUCUGGUUGCGGAACAACGUGAGCGGUCAAAAGCGCAGCGAUAUUACGCCCAUUUGGUUUGACGUUGGCAAGGAUGUUAAUUUGCCAGCUGACGUCUGCCGGGUCAAGUGGGGACAUCUGCGGGAUAAUUUUCGCAAGGUGUAUAUAAGGAACAAUCUGUCGAAUGAGACUCCGUCCUCGUGGCGCUUCUAUAAUGACAUGCGAUUCAUGGAGCAUGCCGUGCAUGAGAAUAUCCUGCGGCAGGCACGUACACGGGGCAGCAGCAAGAAGCAUCCACCUGGCCACUGGACCGAGAAUAAUAAUCUGAUACUGGAUGAGAGCAGUAAAUUUGAGCCAAUGAUGGCCACCGAGCCCAUCUGUGAGCUGAGCGACAGCUACGACUCGGAGCUGCAUCAGCCAAGUUUCUCGGACAUUAGUUCGUUCUUUGAGGAUCGGGAUUGUCAGCCGCUGCAGCAACAGCACAAGCGGGUCAAGUUGGAGCCCAGCAAUGGCGAUGGCAAUAGCCUCAAUGAGGAGGAUCUCAAUGAUGAUGAUUUCGAUGAGGAUGCGGCAUCGGACAUGGAUGAGGAACAGCGCAAUAAACACAGCAAUAAUGCCACACCGGAUCCCAGUGUCUUUACCAUCGAAGUGUUGGACGAUGACGAAGAAAUGGCUAUGCCCAUAAGCAAAAGCAAGCCAAGCAUGGCCAAAUCCAACAGCAGUCUCAAAAGUGAACCCGAUACAAAGCCCCAGACACAGAUACAAACACAGAUGCAAACACAGAUACAUUCGACAUCCGACUUGCCAUUUAAGUACAUCAGCAUGGAUGCAGCCACCAAUACAGAGCCAAAUGGCAUUGACUCUCCGGACGAUGCCGAUCGCAUGUUUCUACUGAGUCUGAUGCCAUUCCUGCAACGUCUGGACGAGCGUCGCAAGUUGCGUGUGCGUCAGAAGCUUCAAAAUGUUUUGAUUGAGGAACUGGAGUUCGGCUGAUAACGUUUACGGGAUCAUUGCUUAGUUUAAUGGUACAUUAUAAGCUUAGCUUACAGUAUUAAAAAA